AGUUUUGACAAAUCUUAACAACAACAACAACAACAAUAUUGUUUGAAAAAUAAAAUUAUAAAUAAUUACAAUUGCAAUUUUAAAAAUGAAUUUUAAAGUUGAAAAGUAUAAAAAAAUAUUAAAAAGUCGUCAUUAUGAAAUGAAUGAUCACUGGUUGAGUGAUUGUGUCAGUUAUUAUUUGACUCAUGAUAAUACAAAUGCAUCUGACAAUGAGACAAUAACAUUCAUCACAACACAAUUUUCACUGAGUGAUUUACGAGAAAUUUGUAAUGAAAAAGGAUGUUUACCAAAAAAUUUAGGACAAAUGACAUGUACAACAUUGCCUGGUAAUUAUAUUCUUCAGAUGGAAAAAGCAUAUGAUAUAUCAACAUCAAAAUACAAACAACUUGAACAAAUUAGAAAGAUAUCAAAUGCUAAUAUUGAAAUAACAGAAUCAGAACAAACACAACCAUGGGAACCAAAAAGUAACAGAAUGAUGCAAUUAUUUUUAACAGAUGGUGUUCAAGAUGUUAUUGCUAUUGAACAUAAAUCAAUAAGAACAUUAAAAGAAAAUAUACUUCCAGGUUUUAAAGUUAUAAUAAAGGGUCCAGUAACAUGUAGACGAGGUGUUAUUAUGCUUGAAGAAUCAAAUUUUGAAUUACUUGCUGGUGAAGUUGAUUCAUUAUUAAUUAAAAAUGCACCAGAAAAUGUAUUUGCACGUGCAUUAAAUUUACCAGAAAAUCCAGAUCCAUAUAAUGACAAUGAAAAUACUGAUGAUGCUGAUACAACACAAGAUAAAGUUGAUGAAUUAUUUGCUGAAGAUUUUGAAAUUGAUGAUGAUGAAUUAACAUUAAUUGAGUCAUCACAAAAUCAUCAAAAAAAUAAUACUAAAAUUACAAAACCAGUAUUAUCUAAAAAUAAUCAAGCAAUACAAAAAAUGAUGACACCAGUUGGUGCAAGAAAAAGUGAAGCAUUUAAUGAAUUACCUGUUUUGUUUGAUCCAGUUGUUGUUGAAGAUGAAGUCAUUGAUUUUCCUGAUGAUGAUGACGAUGAAAUUAUGGCAAUGGCCAUGUCAACAAAUGAAUAUACAUCAAUGAAUAAUAAUUCCAAUUCAAAUUCUGAAAAGGUUGAUCGAUUAUCACAAUCAACAUCAAAUUUGGCUUUGUCAGUAGAUAAAAAUAAUUCAACAAAUAAUUCAACUACCUCAAAAUCUGUUGAGACAAAAUCAAUUAAAGAUAAUAAAAAUAAUCAAAAUGCUGAAUUAGAAAUUUUCGAUGAUAUGGACUUUGAUUUUGAUGAUGAUUUAUUGACACAAAAAGCUUUAGAAGAAUCAUUAAAAAAAUUUUCUGAUAAUAAUAAACAAAAUAAUAAUUCAACAAAUGCUCCAUCAACAUCAUCAAGUACAUCAACAAGUGCCAAAAAAUCAACGGUUGCAUCUGGAUCUUGGUCACCAACAACGAAAUUAAAACCACCAGUAGCUAAAACAACACCAAAACCACCUCCAAACAAAAAAAUAACAGAUUUUCUAAAAAAACCAGAACCAGUUAAACGUAUGUGUGAUUUUAUAUGUGAAAUUGAAAAAACAAAUUGGACAAAUGAUACUGUUAGAAAAAAAAUACAUGGAAGAGUUAAACGUCUAAGAGGUUUAACGAAAAAUCAUCUUGAAUGGAAGCUAGAUUUAAUUGUCAAAGAUGGUACUGGACAUCUUGAUGUUACAGUUGAUCCAGAGCUUAUGAAAUCAAUCAUUGGAAUGAGUGUAAGUGAUUUUAAAAAAAUGAAAAAAAUGAAAUCUGAUCCAACAGUUGAACAAAAGCUACGCCAGCAAUUGUCUGAAGCUGAGAAUAAGAUUCUAGUUCUAGAUGCUUUUUUGGAUAUUGAUUUUUUUCCAAAUCGAACACCAGCUAUUGUCAAAAUAACAGACAUGACUGACCAAGAACGUAGAAAUGUUUUGCUAACAAUGCGACAACUUGGAUAUCAUAAACCACAAAUAAAUUAAAAUCCUUUUUUCAAAUAUAUUCUAAGCCAUUGUAAAAUAUUCAUCUCUAUUAUAAUGUUUUUUUUUUUCUUAAUUUCUUUUAGCUAAAAAAGCUUAGUAAUAAAUUUUUAUAUCAAAAGAAUAUGUUGAGUUUAAUUUUCAUUUGUUCUUCAAGCAUGUCUUCGUGUGAAUAGCAUCAAUCACACUGAAACUAAAACUAUUGUCCACCAAAUGCAGGACAAUCACACCUCUCAUUUAAACCACAACAAAAACAUCAUUCAUACACAAAAAAUUCUUAUAAAACGAAAAAAAAAAUACCACAAUUAAACAAACAAAAACAACAAUAUCAAUAGCAAUUUUUUUUUUAUUUAAAAAAAAAAAACAUUUUACGUUUAUUAAAUACAAUAAGAAAAAUUUACAAAUACAUAAAUUCUUAAAAUUAUAAUUAAAACUAAAAAAGAAGCUUUAUUUACUUUUUUUAUCAUAAGUAAAAACAAAUUUUUUAUAUCACAAAUAAAAAAUACAUAAUAAUAAUUAAUUAUCAAAUAAAAUUUACUAUUUUUUUUUAUAAAUUUUAUGAUAAAAUAAAUGUUUUUUACAUUUUAAAAAGCUUAUUAAUUAUUUAAAAAAUAAUUACGUAUACAAUUGUUGUAAUAAGGUGAAAAAAAAAGACUUUACAAGUAUUUACAAAGACCAAAAUGACAAACUGAGAUGGUCAAAUGAUUUAAAAAAAAAAAAAGAAAAUAUACAAAUGAAAGAAAAAAAUUAUAAAUGAUAAUUAAAUCUAGACUUGUGUUUCGCUACCACUGUGAUAUUUUCUGUGUUUUCUUGGUUUUUUAUGACUUCUAUGAGGUAGACUCAUUGAUCGUUGA